CUGCAGCCGGACCGCACCUAUGACCUGAUCAUCCACCCCCCCACGACCUCCUACUUCCUGCUUGCGGCCGCUGGCAUCGAGAAGGGCGCGUCACAGCCCGGGCACGAGGAAGCGGGGCUGGUGUCGUUGGCGCAGCUCUAUGAGAUCGCGCAGGUGAAGAUUGAGGACCCCGGGUUCAAGCUGCGUGGGAAGGGCCUGGAGGAUGUAGUGCGCUCGCUGAUGGGCUCAGCCCGCUCCCUCGGCCUGCGCGUCGUGCCCCAGCUCACCGUGGAGGAGUGCACCACCUUCCGCCAGCGCCGGGCAGACGAGCUGGCAGCCCAGGCCGCGGCCCUGAAGGAGGCUGAGGCUGCGGCUGCGGCUGCCAAGUGACUGCUCGGACCCCUGGGUUCUCCGCCAGGUUGCAGGGCCUGGGAACUGGGGGACCUGGAGUCUCCCCUGGCUCUGGGAGUGCCAGUGCAAGCCCUGUCCCCCUUGGCCUGGCUGGUCAGUGGUGAAGCUGAUAAAAUAAACGCUUGAGACCUUC